AUUUAUCCAAAGUCUCAAAGCGAUAAAAAAAAUAAAAGUCGCCAUUUUUGAUUGUAUUUCGUCUUUUAAUCGUUUCUCCAAUUUAAUGUAAAAAUUUCAAAUAAUAUUACGCCUAGUUAUAUUGAGUAGAACAAUUAACUCGUUAUAUUACAAUGCCAGGUGCUAAUUGAAAGUUUGCAACAGAUUUUCUACCUUCUUUUCGUAGUAGUCUCACUGCCAUUACAAACGAACACCAUGUCGGCACACGAGCAAAUGAGGGCAAUGUUGGAUCAAUUAAUGGGUACAGCAAGAAAUGGUGAAAGUGAUAGACGUGGAGUUAAAUUUUAUGAUGACGCUGUUUGCAAAUCCUUUUUAUUACAAUGUUGUCCCCAUGAAAUCCUAUCUUCUACGCGAAUGGAUUUAGGUGAGUGUCCAAAAAUACAUGAUCUGGCUCUUCGUGCUGAUUAUGAGUUAGCCUCCAAAACCAAAGACUAUUUCUAUGAUAUUGAUGCUACAGAACACUUAGAGGCAUUUAUAGCUGACUGUGAUCGUCGCACAACUGCUGCCAAACAACGUCUGGCCGAAACUCAAGAGGAACUUUCCGCCGAAGUAACUGAAAAAGCUAAUGCAGUGCAUGAAUUGGCUGAGCAAAUUGGUCAGAAGUUGGCGCGCGCUGAAGCUCUCGGCGAAGAGGGUAUGGUUGAAGAAAGUUUUAAACUUAUGGGAGAGGUUGAAGAGUUACGUAAAAAGAAAAUGGUAGCAGAACAGGAUUAUAGAAAUUCAAUGCCCGCUUCAUCAUAUCAACAACAGAAAUUACGCGUAUGCGAAGUAUGCUCUGCGUAUUUGGGCAUUCAUGACAACGACAGACGACUCGCUGAUCAUUUUGGAGGAAAACUUCAUCUCGGUUUUAUUACUAUUCGAGAGAAAUUAGCAGGCUUGAAGAAAACAGUAGAUAAGAGACGCGAUGAACGAGGAGCGUCGGAGCGUGAGCGAAGCGGGGGUGGUGGCGGGGGGCGUCGCCACUACGUGGGCGGGCGGGAACUAGACCGCCGCGCCCGCCGCCAUCGCGAGACGGCGCGAGAUCGCGAUCGCAAUAAAGACUCCGAUCGUGACCAGCGGGGCAAGGAGAGGGAACGUGACCGUGAUCGCGAGCGCGAUAGGAGGCGCAGUAGGUCGCGGAGCAGAAGUAAACGUGAAGGGUCCCGAGAGCGGUCCCGAGGCCGUGACCGUGACCGCGAGCGGGAAUCGCGCCGCAGUCGUUCUCACCGCUCGGGAUCACGUGAACGACGCAGGGAUUGAACGCUUCAUAACAUAUACUACUCUGUUUUCAUUUAAAAUCAUCAUAACAUUUGAUGCUUGAAAUUCGUAUACCGAAUACAUAGAUAUAAACUUAUGAUGUCAAACUGAAUUGUAACAAUUAAAUUUAUCCAUCCAUCGUCUUGAAUAGUGUAUAAAUUAGAAAAAGUCUAAAUGUUUGGUUAUUACAAUGUAUGAUCUGUUUUUUCUGGAUAUAUUUAGUGAACAAUUUUGGCAUAUUUUUUACUAAAAUAUGAAGAAAAGUAUAGCAUAUUAUAGUCUGAAUUUUAUUUGUACGUAGAGAUAGCUAUUGUUCAAUCCGAGCAAAGUUAGAAUCGGGGCGCUAACAAUAAAUUAAACGUAUUAUUUUAUUAAUAUGCAAUGUCUCAUCUUAAUUAACUCAACAUUUAUUUUUGUAGUUAUUUCAAUGUACCUUACAUUCCAAAAUUGUUUAUUACUUAUGUCAGGUAACAUAAACGUAAUUAAAUGCAAUUGAUAAAGCAGUUUCGAAGUAAGAGCCGCCUCGAAUAUAGGCAUUAUUUGCUUUUGAUGAUUUUAUUGACUAGUUGGUAUUGUAAUUCUUAGUACCUACGUGAUAUGUGAACGACCACUAAAGGCCGCUUUUUUUGUAAAGGUUCAUUGAAAAUAGGCAGAAUCAUUUAAAAA